UCCCUCCUCUCCCUUCAGGAGCCCCCACCCCGCCUCCCUCUCCACCUCCUCUUCCUCCUCCCCUCCUCCCCCGUUGCUACCGCUGCUCCGCAAUCGGGGGAUAAAUCAGGGAAGCGGACACACGCAUGGAGUGAGCGGGGAUCCGUUACAAAAGUAGCGCUGAUGGCGGCGGAUCGGAUGAAGCUGGAGCUGCUGCCGGAGUAACAGAGAGUGGAGUGCCUCUCUCUCUCGCUUCUCUCUUUCCCCCUCUCCACCCACCGAUCUCCAUCGUUUCUCCUCCUCCUCCCCACCCUCGGCCGCACUCCCUGCACAUCGCUGGGCUGUGCCAGGGGGCGGGCAGGGGCAGCAGAGGAGCCUUUAAAAACCAGAAGCCCCCCCACACCCAGCGCGCACAAUAAUUGAAUUUAUUAUUAUUAUCGUCUCGCCGACUUGGGGGAAAAAAAAAAAACAACAAAAAAACGAGGGAUCGAUCUUCGAUCAGGAAGAUGGCUGCUGGCUGGCUGCUGGUCUUUAGCCUGACACUUUUCCAGUCUCUGGUGAUGAACCACUCCUCGGAGGGCCCGUUCCCUUCGCCCACCACGAUAAAAUCAUGGGUAGAUAAGAUGCAAGAAGACCUCAUAACAUUAGCACGAACUGCAAGUGGAGUGGAACAGCUUGCUGCGAUAUAUUUGAAAAACAAAGACUUGUAUACUGUGGAAGCCAACAAUCCUCGUCAGCUAGUGGAAAUUGCAGCCAGAGACAUUGAAAAACUGCUGAGCAACAGAUCUAAGGCUUUGGUGCGCCUCGCUAAAGAAGCAGAGAAAUACCAAGCGUCACAUCAGUGGAGGGACGAGUUUGGGAAUAAUGAUAUAAUCUAUUACAAUGCAAAAGAUGAUCAGAAUGAUCCUGAAAAGAAUGACACUGAAUCUGGCAGCCAGAGGAUCAGACCAGUAUUUGAAGAAGAUCCUGUUUUCCGACGGCAAACGUCUUACCAACAUGCAGCAGUUCACAUACCAACUGAUAUUUAUGAAGGCUCAACAAUAGUGUUAAAUGAACUCAACUGGACUGCCGCACUGGAUGAUGUAUUCAAGCGCAACAGAGAAGAAGACCCCACUUUAUUAUGGCAGGUUUUUGGUAGUGCUACUGGCCUCGCUAGGUAUUACCCAGCUUCUCCAUGGGUAGAUAAUAGUCGAACUCCAAACAAAAUAGAUCUAUAUGAUGUUCGCAGAAGACCAUGGUAUAUCCAAGGAGCUGCAUCUCCCAAAGACAUGCUUAUUUUAGUUGACGCGAGUGGGAGUGUCAGUGGAUUGACGCUGAAGCUGAUCCGCACAUCGGUCAUUGAAAUGUUAGAGACCUUGUCUGAUGAUGACUUUGUGAAUGUAGUUUCAUUUAACAAUAAUGCUCAGAAUGUCAGCUGCUUUAAUCAUCUUGUCCAAGCUAAUGUGAGGAACAAGAAGAAGCUGAAGGAAGCUGUGGAUAAAAUCUCUGCUAAAGGAAUUACUGAUUACAAAAAAGGCUUUAGCUAUGCUUUUGAACAGCUGUUGAAUCACAGUGUUUCUAGAGCUAACUGCAAUAAGAUUAUAAUGUUGUUUACGGAUGGUGGUGAAGAAAGAGCGCAAGAAAUAUUCCAUAAAUAUAAUGAAGACAAAAAAGUACGUGUGUUCACAUUUUCUGUUGGUCAACAUAAUUACGACAAAGGACCUAUACAGUGGAUGGCCUGUGAAAAUAAAGGUUAUUAUUAUGAAAUUCCAUCCAUUGGAGCCAUAAGAAUAAACACCCAGGAAUAUCUGGACGUUUUGGGUAGGCCAAUGGUGUUAGCUGGCGAGAAAGCCAAACAGGUCCAAUGGACAAACGUCUAUCUGGAUGCUCUGGAGCUGGGCCUUGUGAUUACAGGAACUCUGCCUGUCUUCAAUCUAACAAAAGAACAAAACGGAAAAAUAAAUCAGCUGAUUCUUGGAGUAAUGGGGGUUGAUGUCUCUCUGGAAGACAUAAAAAAGCUGACACCUCGAUUUACGCUUUGUCCAAAUGGAUACUACUUUGCAAUUGAUCCUAAUGGGUAUGUGCUACUUCAUCCAAAUCUUCAACCAAAGCAAAUUGGUGUGGGAAUACCAAAAGUUAAUUUGAGAAAAAGGAGACCCCAUGUACAGAAUCCUAAAUCCCAGGAGCCAGUAACACUGGAUUUUCUAGAUGCUGAACUGGAAAAUGAUAUUAAAGUUGAGAUUCGGAAAAAAAUGAUAGAUGGAGAAAGUGGAGAAAAAACAUUUGAAACUUUGGUCAAGUCCCAAGAUGAGAGAUAUAUUGAUAAAGGAAAUAGAACAUAUACAUGGACUGCUGUGAAUGGCACUGAUUACAGUUUGGCAUUGGUAUUACCAUCAUACAGCUUUUAUUAUAUUAAAGCUAAAAUAGAAGAACCAAUAAUUCAAGCCAGAUUGGCAAUCAAAAAGGAUUCAGAAACACUGAAGCUUGAUCAUUUUGAUGAAGCUGGCUAUACGUUUAUAGCACCAAGGGAGUAUUGUACUGAUGUCAAGAAAUCAGAAAACAACACUGAAUUUUUAUUGAAUUUCAUUGAGUUUAUUGAUAGAAAUGCUCCAAGCAGUCCUUCAUGUAAUACUGAUAUGGUCAUUAGAGUUCUUCUGGAUGCAGGAUUUACAAAUGAACUUGCACAAAAUUAUUGGAGUAAGAUGAAUCUUGAUGGAGUUGUUGCCCAGUUUGUUGUUACGGAUGGUGGAAUUACCAGAGUGUUCCCCAAAAGGGCAGGAGAAGAUUGGUUGGAAAAUGCUGAAACUUAUGAAGUCAGUUUCUAUAAACGGAGUUUAGAUAAUGACAACUAUAUUUUCACAGCUCCAUACUACAACAAAAGCGGUGCCAAUAGCUAUGAAUCAGGUAUUAUGGUAAGCAAGGCAGUGGAAAUAACAAUUAAUGGAAAACUUCUGAAACCUGCAGUUGUUGGGAUAAAAAUUGAUGCAAACAGAUGGAUGGAAAAUUUCACAACAAACACAAUCAAGAGCCUGUGCAACAGUGAAAUCUGUGGCUGUGAAAGAAACAGCAUGCAUGUGGACUGUGUUAUCCUUGAUGAUGGUGGAUUUCUUCUGAUGUCAAAUCGGGAUGAAUAUACCCAACAGAUUGGAAGAUUCUUUGGUGAAAUUGACCCUGGCUUGAUGAGAAAUUUAAUUAACAUGUCUCUGUAUGCCUUUAACAAGUCAUAUGACUAUCAGUCAGUCUGUGAUCCUGAAGAAGAACCAAAGCAAGGAGCUGGACUUCGUUCAGCUUAUGUGCCUACAAUAGCAGAUAUUUUGCAUCUAGGAUGGUGGGCUUCAGCAGCUGCUUGGUCUAUCUUACAGCAGCUGUUUUUGAGUUUGACUUUCCCACGUUUCCUUGAGGCAGCUGAUAUGGAAGAUGAUGAUUUUUCUACUGCUCUGCCUAAAACAAGUUGUAUCACUGAGCAAACUCAGUAUUUCUUUGAAAAUGAUGAUAAAUCUUUUAUUGGGAUUGUAGACUGCAUCAACUGUUCAAGACUUUAUCAUGCAGAGAAGAUUUCAAAUACCAAUCUAGUGUUCAUUAUUAGUGACAGCCAACUGCUGUGCCGCUCCUGUGAUCCAAAGCCACUGAUGCAAGCAGAGAAGCCGGAUGAAGGGCCAAAUCCAUGUGAAAUGGUCAAACAGCCCAGAUACAGAAAAGGUCCCGAUGUCUGUUUUGAUGAAGCCAAACAGGAGGAUUCGGCUGAUUGCGGUGGUGCCUCUGGUUUGAGUCCAUCACUGUGGUCUAUGGUAGGAAUUCAGUUGGUCCUGCUUUGGCUCUUAUCUGGCAGCAGACACUAUCAGUUAUGACCUUGCUAAAACAAAACCUGCAUAACUGAAUCAAGAUCCGGCCAAAAAAAUAGCCUCAGUUUCAGUUUAAAAAGGGUCAGCUAUUCAGACAGCAGCAAACAGCAAUGCUCAUGUCUGGUUAUCACGCAUUGUGAGAUUCAUAAAGGCACUCAAAGUGGCUGCAUAUUGGAGUCAGUCCUUAAACGUAUAUGAAUGCUGCAUCAUCUCUGCCACCCGAACAGAAUUUCGUACACGCUCCACUGGGGAAUCUAAGAUUUUUUUUCAUUUAUUUGUUGUUGUGAUCUUGAUGACUUCAUGUAAAAGGGCUCCCCUGACCAUAGCUUAUGUGUAUGAUUUUCAUUUAUUUUAAGUUUUGGAUUUCUUGAAGAUUUAUAUUCUUUUACAUGAACAUUUAUUUAUGAAAGAAAAAAAGAAAAAGAAAAAAAAAAAAAAAAAAGAGUAUGCUACCCAGCAUACAUUGCUAGCACCACAGCACCAUGAUGGCUGCUUUGAACAUCCGUUUCACCCAAACUGUUUGAGUGAAAUGAAGAUGUUGGCUAGUCUUCAUCAGAAGCUCAGCAUGAUUGAGAUGCUAUAUGAGUGGUUUAUUCUUCCAAAGUAAAUCGGAACAGGUAGCUGGCAGUGUUUAGGUAGGCUUAUAAUUCGUUAGUUUAUAGAAAAUAAUGGGGAAAGGAGGAAACUACUGUUUUUAAAAAUAAAAAGAUGACUGAGCAUAAUUUAAAAAUAACUCUCUUAAUCUUGGUGUCAUCUUUUAACAGAAGAAGAAUAAUUUCAAUUUAGCAUACACCUCCUUUUCACAAUGCAGAUAUACAUAUAAACUAGUAAAGUCCUUCAAAGAUUUAAAAAAGAAAAAUACUUGUGAAUAAUAAUUUAAAAAAAAAAAAAAAAAAGUGUAUGUGAUAUUUGAACGUUGGUUUCCAAGGGUAUUUUGCAUGAUGAUAAUGCUGCAUUACUGUUUUUCAGUUAGUUUUCUUUGAUGGUAGAGUGUAGUCCUUUGCAAAGGUAACUGAGUGGUUCUUUUAUUGUGUGAGAAACUGAACACUGCAAUGUGUUGCAAUCAAAUCAUAUUAAAUUAUAUUAUGAAAUACAGCUCUGAAUAUACUGUGCAAUGAAAAUCUGAUAAAAUGGGGUAAACUUAGCUAUUGCAACAAAAAGGUUGAGUUGCAUUUUUUUACAUAAUAGUGAUUUCACAUUAAAAUCUGUGUACAGAUAUUUUAAGUAUAUAAAAAAUCAGAUUUUACAUAUUUAUUUUUGAAAGCGUAUGUUCACUAAGGUUCGUAUCAGGUUCCCCCUUUGUUUGCUUUAAAAUUCAUCCAGACUAUUAGAAUUAUACUUUUACUAUUUAUUAUUAGAAAUAACAAAAUUAACAGCAAAAUUACCUGGUUUCUGAGACUGGGAAAAAUCUAAACAAAUGGGGAGCCUUGAAUCUGUAUGUAUGCAUAUUGAUACUUGAUUGUGAAUAAUAAUUUUAGAAGUUGUUUUUAUACAACCUCAUCGGUGAUACAGAUUGGUGCAGUAAAUUACAAUAUUACAGUGUAUCAUAGUGUUGAUGCAAAAUAUGAUUUGUGCUUUUCUAGUUUUCAGAGCUAAACAGUAUUGCAAGACAGCUAAACCAAUGAAUGUGCAACUCUGCUGAUAUUGUAUAAUUCUGCUAAAAACUGCAAUAUGCAAAUAUUUACAUGACACAAUAUACUAGCUCUUUAAAAAAAUAAGAAAAUGCAAGGCAUUUGGUAUGUGUAUGCUGGCAAUUGAUUGAUAUAAUUUUGAACAUGUCAAAAGCUUAUAGAAACAGUUGGGCAUGCAUUAAUACCCUAUGAAACAUGAAGAAGCAACUCAAAGCCAUGGCAUGGUUUAAAAGAUCAGAUGUCUACUCUAGUUGUGCCCACGGCUGGUUUGUUGUUUUCCUCACAACCUUGGCUCCAGCAGUGUAUUUUCUCAUCUGUGGAAGUACAAUGAGUGAAAACAGUAAAAAAUGACCUUCUGUUCAGUAAUAAAUUUUAGCUUUUAAAAAAUACCUCUUGUACAGUCAUGGGGUCUAAAUUACAGUCAACUCUGUUGGAUGACUUCAGGUCCUCCUCAGGGAAGGUGAGCUAAUGUUAAUGCUAUGAGUAAAGGUAACCUUGCAGCCCUUCUUCCAGUUAUAUUACUGCACUUCCUAUUAAGAACAAAAACAAACAAACCAAAAAACAAACAAAGAAACCUAGUAAUAAUAAUAAUUAAGUCUUUCUAAUCCUUAAACUCCAUUCUGCAUCUUUUUCCUUAAGAUGGUCAAAUGAAAUCUUAUGAAGGAACAAGAUAUGUAGGAUUAAGCCAAUAUUUAAUAUGCUCAUUUGCUUUUACUUUAUGAUUAGUUGAAAUACACAUUGCUUUGCAUCCCGCUCUUUUAAUUUUCUGAAUUAUUGCCAGUAUAGUAAUUGCUAUACAUUUUUCACUUAGCUACCCAAAAGAAGCCCUUCAUGGAAAAGUUACAUUACAGAAAUAUUAGAAUCAUUUGGUUACAUGAGUGAUUCAUAUUCUGAGUUAGUUAAUAAACAUUUGAUGAGGGUCUAUAGGAAAGAAGAAAGAUAGCACAAAUUAUUAUGCUCUUAUUCCACUUCCUUUAGAGAGCUCACAUGUAAAAAGGAGGGAGAAGUCCAUGCAAUGCAGACACAUUUUUCUUUUUGGACUAUCUAGAGAGGGAAAUACUCGUUGUUCCUCUUCUCUGCCCUUCACUGGGACUUGACGAAUAAUUUCUUUAUAUACACCUAGCCUUUUAGCCAGUGAGCCUGUCUGAUAGAAAACUCAGGAUUCUGGUUAUAUGAAAGUGAUGUAUCUAAGAAAUACAAAACAACAGAACAUCAGAAAACAAUGUAAACAUUAGCUCUCUCAAAAUGUGAAGAACAACAAGUUGGAAAUAUCUUCCAUUAAUAACUACUUAUUCUUAUGCAGAAGCAUAUCCUUACUCUCACAUAAUAUGUAGUAGUCAACUUCUCUUUGUUAAAAAUAAAUAAAUAAAUAAAUAACCAAAACUUGAUCCUAAGCUUGAAAUUGAGGCAUUUUCAAAUUACAAUAUGCUGUCACAAGUUUUUGUUUGUUUGUUUGUUUGUUUGUUUUAAGUCACAUAAUAAACUAUGUCGGUAUUUGCUUAGAUCCUUUAAAUAGAACUAAGGGACAGAGAUGAACUGCUAACUGCUUUCGUUUGCACAGAAGUCAUGUGGCCUACUGUAUGUCUGAUAAAUAACCACCAUUAAAGUUCUCACAGUGUGGUACUAUACAAGUGUGAUCCGAAGACAACAUGAAAGGUUUCUUCUUUUCUUUCCCUUUUGUUUGUUUAAACAACCAGCAUUACUGCCAAGACACUAACCGUGGUCCAUAUUUGUAAAAGGUUUUUAACAUGACAUAGCAGGUUUGAUUGACAAGGUUUUUAGGUCCUGUAUCAUUAAGAUUUUAGUAUGAUAUUUUUCAUGUUUCUAAUGCUUGAGGCUUUACUGCUUGACAAAAAAUAAAAUAAAAUAAAAUGAAAAAAUAAAAAACACCACCACAACAAGUGUUGCUGCCAUUUGUAAUUUUUCCUAUAAUAUUCCUUUUACUAUCUUAAAAACUGGCCUUACUGGGUUCAAAUAGGCAGUAUCCCUUUUAAGUGACCUUUGCAACCCAAGUGUUACUUGCUGCGGCUGAGAGUUUUUUGGUAUCACUGAAGAGACAUUAAGAACUUUUUUUCCCAUCAACAUGUAAGCUCAAAAGUGUGCUAAGUAUCUCUUAAGUUCAAUACACAACCUCAGUCUCGCUGGUCCUAAAAAUUCAGAAGCUAGCACACUGGUUAUUAAGAGGUAUAUUAAUGCCUACAAGGCACUGCAGUGCUCUCUGAUGUUUUUGGAACGUUGACUGAAGGUGAAAUCUUAAUAACUCCUUAGGUGAAAUUUUACCCUAGUUUCAUCAGACAUCUAAGCCUUUAAAAAAGGCCAGAUUUUUUUUCUUCCAUACCAGAAUGUUAAUAUUGUUAAUAUUCAUUGUACACUACUGUAAAAAAGAUUACUAAAAAAAAAAAAAAAAGUGUCUGAAAACAAUUCAAGAGUUUUGAAAAGUUAGCCUAAUCUUCUUCCUAGCUACUUGCAUAUGUACUGUUUAUGGUUUACAAGAAAAAUACCUUCUUGAAGAAAUUAUUUCACCGAGGCUAAAAGAAUACUGUCUUGUUCAGAUGCCAUGAAAAUGCGAUUGUGAUCUGACAAAGCUGUUUUCUUUUCUUGUGUUGUAUGGAAUGUCUGGAUCAUGCUUUCUGGGAUAUUUUAAUUGAAAUGCUCAGUGUGCGUUUCUGCAAAAAAGGCUUGAUUGCUCUUACAAGGCAAAGCAAGUCUUUCUCCCUUUUAUUGUGUUCUCUUGACACUUUUGUGGAACUUGACAAGCCUGGAAAAAAUAAAUUUUUGUAAAAAUUUGUACAAUAAUGUUAUAAAAAAGUUUAUAAUCCUAGAACUGUUGUGUUAAUUCUUGUGCAAAAACAGUAUAUUCAGAAUAAAAAUUUAUCAUUUAAAAUCAA